UCUAAUGUACACAGUUCAUGCACACGACAACUUGGCUCUAUAUAUAGUGCCCCCUCAAUGCGACGUUUCGUCUCACCCCAACUCCUCUUAGUUCUCCGGAGCCUUCCUCUAUGGCGCAGCCACGACUCGUCUCUCUCGCCUUCUUCGUCGCCGUCCUGAUCUCAGGUCUGUUAUCAUCACUGGUUCUAUGCAUGCCUUCCUUUGCCAUUGUUACGUCGUGUGUUCAUGCACGACACCUGUCGGUGCUUCUUCAGGCGCCCACUCCACCACAUUUAACUUCAAGAACAACUGCCCCGACCCUGUUUGGCCUGCCUCGCAGAACAAUUCCGGCAAAGUUGCUCUUUCCCAGACCGGAUUCCAGCUGGACAGUGGCGCCUCCUUUUCGCUGGAUGCGCCACCCGCCUGGGGAGGCCGGCUGUGGGCUCGGCACAAAUGUUCCACCGACUCGUCCGGUAGAUUCUCGUGCCUCUCCGGGGACUGCGGCACUGGGCAGGUGGCGUGCAAUGGGGCGGGAAGAGCGCCGCCGACCACGCUCGUCGAGUUUACCCUGCAGGGCCACGGAGGCAAGGAUUUCUACGACGUGAGCUGCGUCAACGGCUUCAUUAUUCUUAUAGUGGAUUUUAUUUUGUUUGCCCCGUGA